UGAAUCACGAGUUUCCUAUUCAUUUGGAGCAGCGAGUUUCCUUUUUUUGACCCUCGUCGGCCACCGUAGUAAGCCACUUCCCAAACAUCAACAUGACGGCGGUUGCUCCCUCUUCUUGUCUUGGUGAAUCUCUCUGUGAAUCUCUCAGUGUCCGUGAGCAGGAGCUUCUCGCUGCUUCACUGCUUCUCUGAUGAUAGUUAGAGGAACAUCCCCCGACAGGCUGAGCUGAAACAUGGAGUAUCUGCUGCAGGUGAAGAUCGGCGCUCUGGUCGGUUUAUUGCUGCUAACGCUUUUCUUUGGAUCUAUCCCCGCCCGGGUCAAAUGGUUCAGACGCACUAAUGGAACAGAAACCCACCGCACAGUCCUGAGCCUGAUCAGCUGUUUUGCCGGAGGGGUUUUCCUGGCAGCAUGUCUGCUCGACAUCAUUCCAGAUUAUCUGUCGGACAUCAGCACGGAGCUGGACGUUCGGAAGGUGGCGACCAGCUUCCCUCUUCCGGAGUUCAUCAUGGCCUCCGGCUUCUUCAUGGUGCUCAUCCUAGAGAAGAUGGUGCUGACCUGCAAGGACAUGGGGGGGGCUCCGGAGGAGAGGGCCCCCCUUAUAGCCGACGACAGACACGGGCACGGCCACGGCCACCGAGCGAGCGCUGAUCUGGAGAGCAGCGGCCACCACGUCCACGUUGACUUUCAGGCUCAUUCCCCGUUUCGUUCCUUCAUGCUCUUCCUCUCGCUUUCGCUUCACUCCGUGUUUGAGGGUCUCGCCAUCGGCCUCCAGAACACAGACUCAAAGGUGUUGGAGAUCUGCAUUGCUAUACUCGUCCACAAGAGCAUCAUCGUGUUCAGCCUGUCAGUGAAGCUGGUCCAGAGCGCAGUCCGUCCACUGUGGGUGGCGGCUUACAUCGGCGUGUUCGCCCUCAUGUCCCCUCUAGGCAUCGGGAUCGGCAUCAGCGUGGUGGAGGCCCAGCUAGCGUCCGGAGCGCUGAUCCAGUGCAUCCUGGAGGGGCUCGCCGCGGGGACGUUUAUUUACAUCACCUUCAUGGAGAUCCUCCCACAUGAGCUCAACUCCCCCGGGAAGCAGCUGCUCAAGGUGCUCUUCAUCCUGCUGGGCUUCAGCGUCAUGGCAGCUCUGACGUUAAUAGGAUGAGAUCAGUCGGGACGUGGCCUCUGGACUCUCUGAUCCGACUGCUGCGGCCGGGAGACGUUUGUACAAAAGGAAAAAUGGUCUCCAGUUGACAGCAGCUGUUGAUGUUUAAGUGUUUUUAAAAUACCACAGAUUCGUAUAUAUACAAACAUUUUUUUUAAAAGGAUUUAAAGUUAAGAGGAAUAACCUGCUGCAAAAAAAGUACACAGAGGAAAGAAGGGGUGCAAAAUGAGUUCCUCUGUGUUUCACUGGUCGUGUUCGGACACAUACUUUGUGGCAUCAAACCAAUCCCCUAGGCCACGCUCUGCAGCAAGAAGGUUGCCGGUUCGAAUCCCACUCUAUCCCAUCUGCAUGCCUAAGUGUCCUUGGCAAGAUACUGAACCCCUAGAUGGCCCCUCAUAAAAUGAUGAGUGUUCUAAAAAAAAAAAAAUGUAAGUCGCUUUGGAUAAAAGCGUCAGCUAAAUGUAAUGUAAUGUAAUGUAACCCACUGGCGCAGACAUUAAACCACUGGAAACACAA